AUGGGCGUCGAGAGAAAGAUCAUCACCCGCGGCAACGGUUCCGAUUCGCCUGCAGCAGGCGACAAGGUCUCAAUCCACUACACGGGCUGGCUCUACGAUGCUAAGAAGUCCAACAAGGGCUUCCAGGGCAAGCAGUUUGAUAGCUCCCGAUCCCCUGGUCGUGGCGCUUUGAAUGUUCAGAUUGGUGUUGGACAGGUCAUUAAGGGCUGGGAUGAGGGUGUUAUGCAAAUGACUCUGGGCGAGAAAUCCACUCUGACUAUUUCCCCUGACUACGGCUACGGUGACAAGGCGGCUGGGAAGAUUCCUGCUGGCUCUACUCUGAUCUUCGAAGUUGAGCUCCUCAAGAUCAACAACAAGAGCGCCUAA